ACGGUUUGUCGGUGAAAUUUUUGCUCCGAGCAGAACAUUUUAGUAGACAUUUCGGAGCAGCGCUGGAUGAUACAAACGAUGGCGAUGGCGAUUUGUCAAAUAAACGAUUUGCAAGCAUAAACGAUGUAUGCGAUUCAAUGAAACAACAAUUACUCAUUUUGGUUGAGUGGGCAAAGUCAAUACCUGCGUUUACUGAGCUGCAGCUAGAUGAUCAGGUUGCUCUGCUUAGGGCCCAUGCUGGUGAGCAUCUUCUAUUAGGAUUAUCAAGAAGGUCAAUGCAUCUGGAAGACGUAUUGCUGCUGGGAAAUAACUGCAUAAUAACAAAGCAGUGUCCAGAUUCUAAGGUGGCACCGAAUCUCGAUAUAUCUAAAAUAGGAGCCAGGAUAAUCGACGAACUUGUUAGUGCCAUAAAAGAUAUCAAACUUGAUGAUUCUGAGUUAGCAUGUAUAAAAGCAUUGGUUUUCUUCGAUCCAAGCAUAAGGGGUCUUAAUCAACCACAAAAAAUAAAAGCGUUAAGACAUCAAGUCCUCAACAACUUGGAAGAUUACGUGUCUGAUAAACAAUAUGACUCCAGAGGACGCUUUGGAGAGAUUUUGCUCAUACUGCCAGUACUCCAAUCAAUUACUUGGCAAAUGAUUCAGCAGAUUGAACUGGCUAAAAUGUUUGGUGUUGCUCACAUAGACAGUUUGUUACAAGAAAUGCUACUUGGAGGAGAACCUGUUGAAAAUGCAACACCGCCUACACCUCCAUUGAAUAGCUUCCCGAAUAGCGCUAAUAGUCUAAUCCACAUGAUUCCUGGCGACAAUCAACCCCAAGAUGAUACGAUGGAGCAUACACACGAAAAUCCUGCGACCUCAACUUGUAAUGCAAUCGAGUUAUGCCAUAUCGAGGGUGGUAACAACAUAAUGGCAUCAACAUUGAUUGAAGAUACAAAUAACCACAAUAUCACUUCAACAGAAAAUAAUUUCCAACGAAGCAAAAAUGUUCAAAAUUAUGUACCUCAUAACGGUGAUGUCUACAAUAACCCAUACAACACACCGACGUCUUCCGUAAUGUAUCCUGUACAUGCACCUGACAACCGGCAUCCGAAAACAAAUGUUUUGUUACCUGGCAAUCAUCGAAGUCGUGAUGAAUAUCUUAAAUUAGAGUUAAAACGAGAACCUGAAACUAAUGGGUAUUGAGAUGUUGAUAAUCUUUUGUGAUGUUUCCAUUCUAAAAAAAUAACUAAAAGAAUGCACAUUUAUUGUUAGUAUAUGAUACGUUUGGUAGAGUUGGUAAUCACAAGUCUGUAAAACUUUCAGAAGAGAAUUGCGCAAUUAAAUUUUAUGUUUUAACGGUUU